UGAGACGAGUCUGUCCAAUGAGGAGCAGCCACUUCCCUCUAGCUGCAAACACUGACCGGAUCGCUCCUCUCUGCCUUCGGUCCCCGCUGCUGCACACUGCGAUGCCCAGGCUGCAACACUAGCAACCUCGUUUUCCCUCUUCGUUACCCUCCGCCGGGGAGACCCCUUCGCACCUUCGCUACUCUUCUUCCUCCUGUUUCGUCGAGCGAAGCUGCAGCGGCUCUACGGACAUGCCGAACAUCGUGCUUUUUAGCGGGAGCUCGCACCACGACCUGUCCCAGAAAGUGGCUGAUCGGCUGGGGCUGGAGCUGGGCAAAGUCAUCACGAAGAAAUUCAGCAACCAGGAGACAUGCGUGGAGAUCGGGGAGAGCGUGCGUGGCGAGGACGUGUACAUCGUGCAGAGCGGCUGCGGCGAAAUAAACGACAACCUAAUGGAGCUGCUAAUCAUGAUUAACGCCUGCAAGAUCGCCUCCUCGUCCCGCGUCACCGCCGUCAUCCCCUGCUUCCCCUACGCCCGGCAGGACAAGAAGGACAAGAGUCGAGCGCCCAUAUCAGCCAAACUGGUGGCCAACAUGUUGUCUGUGGCCGGCGCCGACCACAUCAUCACCAUGGACCUCCACGCCUCACAGAUCCAGGGUUUCUUUGACAUUGCGGUAGACAACCUGUAUGCAGAGCCCGCUGUUCUGCAGUGGAUCAAGGAAAACAUUCCCGAGUGGAAAAACUGUAUCAUCGUGUCUCCGGAUGCAGGUGGAGCCAAACGCGUGACGUCCAUCGCCGACCGUCUCAACGUGGACUUCGCCCUCAUCCACAAAGAGAGGAAGAAGGCCAACGAGGUGGACCGCAUGGUGCUGGUCGGUGACGUCAAGGACCGCGUGGCCAUCCUGGUGGACGACAUGGCCGACACCUGCGGCACCAUCUGCCACGCUGCUGACAAGCUAAUUGACGCCGGAGCUGUAAAGGUCUAUGCCAUCCUCACACACGGCAUAUUCUCAGGUCCUGCCAUCUCUCGCAUCAACAACGCCCCGUUCGAGGCCGUGGUCGUGACAAACACCAUCCCACAGGAAGAGAAGAUGAAGGCGUGCCCGAAAAUAGAGGUCAUCGACAUCUCCAUGAUCCUGGCGGAGGCGAUCAGGAGAACCCACAACGGCGAGUCAGUGUCCUACCUCUUCAGCCACGUUCCCUUGUAAAAGAGCCGGGGAGGCGCCGCCCUCUCCUCCUCCUCCUCCCAUCAGGCCGCUCGGCUGGCACCUCGGGCCACAUAUCCUUCGUAAAAGGCUCGGAAACAACGCCUGAUGGGGUUUCGGCCAACCACAUGUGACCCCCUCCGCAAAGGUCACGCCUCGUCUUUGACAUUUUCACCCAGCAGACAAAGAUCACUUCCUCCUCCGAAGACCAAGUUUGUAUUUAUGAGUUAUUUUCUGUUCAUUUUUAUUUCCUCCUGUCGUGCUAACACCGACCCCCUAAAGCCCGGCCUUCACUUAACCAAAGGGUCCAUUCUCUAUCAUUUUUUACCUCAUAUUGAAUUCUUUUUAAAUGAAGCGUUCCACUGUCACGUGAUUGGAAAUAUUUCGGCCCUUUCUGCCUCACAAAUCACUUAAAAAACAAUAAGAAUGUGCACCUUUCCCCCCCCCUCUUAAGCUUUAACAGCUGCUCAAAGUAUUAUAGAUGUAGUCUAACCCUUAACUAGCUGUUGGCUUAGUAAUAGUUGAUGCUUAGUGCCGUUAUUGGGCAUCUUAUGGUAGUUUUAAAGCUGCACAACAAGUCCGACUGUGACCACGGGCACAGCAAGAGUCGAACUAGGCGACCGAUCUUCUAAUUUUCUCACUUUUUAGUUGUUUUAUUUUUAGCGAGCUGUACCGAAUGUGCUGUCCUCUGCAGUGUCAUCUCCCCCAAUAAGCUGCUGCUGUAUGGCAACCUUCCUUAAUCGCGCUAAAAAAAAGAUAUAUGAAAGUUUAAUACGAGGUGUAGUGGGUGCUCUGCCCAUGUUCGAAAAAAAAAAAAAGGUCAUGAAAAGUAAUUGAGCCCGAAGUUUUAUUCUAGUGUUGAGAUUUCAGCCAUGAUUCGUGGUACUCUGGUGUAAUCGUCACAGCUGUAAUGGGUCACUUUAGUUCGAAUGAGGCAGGUUUCACUGUUUGCCUGUUUGGUGGCUAAAAAAAUAAUUGGUGAUAAAGUGUGAUUUCAUAUUUUUUAUAUGUAACACUUCGAGCUGUUUCGUUGACAAUAAAGCUUUGACAAUGGCUUACAGA